GCAGCUCCAGAGACCUUUCUAACUCCUCCCUCAACCACACCCCAGUGAAACUCAGCAAGGGGUAGAUAGGGGUGAAUGGGGAGGGGACAUACGGGGCAGUCCUCAUUUCUGUACAUCAAGUCAGAGGGCUGCACAGACGGAGCCACCGAGACAACCUCCCUGCAAUCCCAUCACCUGAAAGAGACCCUGGAAGUCAUGGACAGCCUCCUGAUGAAGAGAAAACUCUUCCUCUACAACUUCAAGAACCUGCGCUGGGCCAAGGGCCGGCGUGAAACCUACCUCUGCUAUGUUGUAAAGCGCCGUGACAGUGCUACGUCGUGCUCGCUGGACUUUGGAUACCUGCGCAAUAAGAUGGGCUGUCACGUGGAGGUGCUCUUCCUGCGCUACAUCUCAGCCUGGGACCUGGACCCAGGCCGCUGCUAUCGUAUCACCUGGUUCACCUCCUGGAGCCCCUGUUAUGACUGUGCCCGGCACGUGGCCGACUUCCUGCGCGCCUACCCCAACCUGACCCUCCGCAUCUUCACCGCCCGCCUCUACUUCUGUGAGGACCGCAAGGCAGAGCCUGAGGGGCUGAGGCGCCUGCACAGGGCAGGGGCCCAAAUUGCCAUCAUGACCUUCAAAGAUUACUUCUACUGCUGGAACACGUUUGUGGAGAACAGGGAAAAGACAUUCAAAGCCUGGGAAGGGCUGCAUGAAAACUCUGUCCAUCUGUCCAGGAAACUUCGACGGAUCCUCCUGCCACUGUACGAAGUAGAUGAUUUACGAGAUGCCUUUAAAACUCUGGGACUCUAAAGUGAAAGUCAUCAGCAAUCAGAAGACUUCACAAACAAUUGUUUGAUUUCCAACUCUCUCCCUUACAACAGAUCUUUCUCUUCUACCCUCUCUACAUCUCUCUUCUCUGUGUCUAGAGAUAAGACUAUCCUUACUUUUUCAUUUCCAAGGAGAAAUAGGCUGAUCUUCUGAAGACACAUUGCCCAGACUCACACGUCAUCCAUUGCUAGCUGGUAAUAACCAGGACUGCAGUGACAUUGCCAGAGAGUGAUUUGACCUCCCUCAGUCCCUGCACAGCUAAUUCAGGUGGUCCACUAAAUGGAGUUCUGGGUUUAUCCUUGCCCAGGUGGGAGCAGACAGCCUGCAAAGUCUUUUGUGUGACAGUGUUCUCACUGACACUGCACUGAUCUUCACAUUUCAUGAGGGCUGAAGGGAGCUCUCUUGGUUCUUAGGACUGCACUACACUGAGCUGCUCUGUGUCCUCCCUUAUGAAAUGGUUUAUUUGUCCUUCUGGAUGUGGGUAGGAGGUUGAAAACCAUCACCACUUAAGUAGUAUAGCCUAUGUCCUAACAGCAAAAUUGACCAGUUAUUGGAAAGCUUGACUGAGAGUAUUGAAGUGAGUCCCAGACAGCCCAGGUAGCUUAGCUUGAAAACCUCACUGGAAGCCAGAAGGUCUUCUAAGUGGAAUGUGUGCAGGCACAGGCCCUGUAGUGCCUCUUGCCCAGAAACGAGGGAGCUUCAGUAGCUAUGGGUCUAGGUUUUGUGCCCUAGGAGAGGUUGAAACUAAACAAUGAAAGCAGAAGACUUUCUGGUCAACAGUUUCAAGUGCAAGCUGCAAUUCUGGGUGUCCAGCAAAACAUUUGCCAUGUGGAAGUAGUCCACUCAACUCCUGUUAACUAUGUUGAGAGCCAUGGCAGCUCAGGGUCAGUACUGAUCAGUGUGUGGACCCCCCACCCAGCCAGGAAAGGAGCCACUUGCAAUGUUUUUCCAGAAUACAUCUACUGGAAAACACACUUAAUUUCCACAUUGUAUUGUCCCUCAGACUUAAUUUCUCAUCCAUGUAGGUUGAGGCUGUGGCAUUUUAGAUGAUGUUUUGGCAUCCACAUCAGUUACCAUCUGUUUCUUCACAUACCUCAGGGAGGAUACCACAGCUCUCACUACUGGAGUACUUUUCAUCCACUGAGCAUUUCCUCCCAGAUCAGACCUGCAAUAUCCUCCCUCCUUAGCCAACUAUCUUCUGUUGGAGGCACCUUAACAGUCCAACAGUCUUCUGUUUUUUUCAGGCCUUUUACUGCCCAUAUUAUGGCCAGAUAUGGUUAGUUGGUGACUGGACUGAGAGCUUACCAGAAAAAAAAAACACCUGCCAUGAGCAAAGCUAUACAGCCUGUAGAUAGAUCUCUUUACAGACGAUAGCUGGGUGCAAAAUCAAAGCAUCCUCCUGCCUGGCAAUCACUGUGUUUCUACUGGGGGACCCCAUUAGCACCUGAUUCUGUGGACACAGUCUUUACCAAGUUGAAUACACGGGUUCAUAGUACAGUACAGACCUACUCAGCACCAUCUUCCCACUACCUAAAUUACAGAUGGAUUGUCCUCUGUAGUCUAACCUCUCGAGGCUUUGCUAGGGUAAAUGUGUCCCACAUUCUGGGGGUGGUCUGUCAUUUCCUUCAUGGUGGCUGCAAGUUUUCUGCUCCAUCUUGUUCCUCUUUCUGGGUAAGGCUGGAGGCUCCUGUGUUACUCCCCAAAACACCUUCCCUGGUGAUAGGCCAGCCACAGGAGGACAGCAGAGCCCUACUCCCACAGUUCCUCCUGCUAGGAGAGGUCACAAGUGGGUGCAUCACAGGCUUCCUACAACUUCAGGCUCCUGAGGCACUCUCAGUCUGAGGAAUUUUGACCAGGAAUAGCAAUGAGAGUACUUUGCAAAGCAUUAAUUUGCAAGUAUGGUGUUGUAUUUUUGUUUGUUACAGUGGAUACUAUUUAUAUAAAUAAAGAUCUUACAAAUGAGCAUCUGGUUUUGUCACUAUUUUGGUACCAUGUAGGUGAUGGAAGUAAAAGUUGUCAAAGAGGUU